UUGGUUUUUUUUUUGGAAGGUGAAAAAAAAAUAAGAUCCCCUGGUUCACUGUGAUACUCCCGCGGCAUCUGUAAAGAUCAGCUACAGUCAUCAUUCAAAGAGGUGUGGUUGCGCCAGACUCACCCACCCCAGGACUUGCAUUGACACACACUUUCUUUGGUGUGGAGAGCUGAAAAUAAGCUGUUUUAUAUAUAACUAAGACAAGAUGCCGGAAGACGUUGAGGCAAAUGGGACAGAGGUCUCAGAUGCCAUGUCCGAGAAUGAGAACGAGUACGACGACAUGGAACAACCUAUUAAGGACGAAGAUAUCAAAUUGACCGAUCAAAACACUUCUCCCGAACCUGGGGCUGAUCAUUCAGGAGAAGUCAAGAAGAAGUACGAUCCUAAAGAUCCUCAUCGCCCAAGGAGAAAGAAGGCUAGACGUGCCUGUUAUGCUUGCCAGAGAGCGCAUCUAACAUGCGGAGAUGAACGACCUUGCCAAAGAUGUAUUAAACGUGGUCUUGCCGAUGCCUGCCAAGAUGGUGUGCGGAAAAAGGCUAAAUAUCUUCAUGAUGCUCCUCCGGAAGCGCUUAGACCCGUUCUAGGGCCUACCUAUAAUCCAGCCGCUCACACAAAGUCAACAAAUGGAAGACACCUUUCUAACGGGAAUUCCGAAACUUCACCGUAUUAUUCUGAGGCUUCUAACUCCUCGUCAUAUUCUAUAUAUGGUGGUAAUCCUCAGGGUCAGAUGGCAUCUUUGCCAGAGAACAUGUCUUUCGGUGGACAACAUUCUCCGGUAACUCCUGGGUAUCAGCCGCCGAACACGUCCAGAGCAGCACAAAUGGGUUCUAUGCAGGUCCCUCAGGUGUCUGGCGAAAUGAACAAUAGCUUUUCGACAGCUUUAUUUGACCCAAGCAACCCGGCAAUAUUCAAUUUUGACCUCGAGGGCCUAAAUUUUGGAAGUCACUACGGUGCUCUCGAGUUUGGGAUGCUUGGUCAUAUGUCUUCUGGAGCAGCAGAGACACCACCCAGAGACGCGGUAGCCCAACCUCCUGGGACGGAUGUGAACUAUGGAUCCGCGGCAGUGUACCGAAAUGGCGUCAACCAAUAUAAUCAGGUAUAUGAAAACGGUAUGGCUGACAAUUUCAUGAGUGUUGAUGCAAGUGGAGGUGGCGCAUAUCCGGGUAACUUGCAGCACGGUCUGCCCCAUGCGUACGCUGUGGCAGCUGCUGGACCUACACCGAAUAGCUUGGCUAGUCCUAGUACAGAUAACACAUCCAGUCCGCAACCUACAGGCUAUUCUUUCGAUAAAUCACCAACAGCAAGCACGUACACGCCUGCAAGCACUCAGCCAAUCGUUCAACCUACGAGGCCGAAACCGAAAUCUUCAAAUUCAACUAACCGGUUUGGACCCCAGUCAGUUUUAGGUAAACGACAUCGAGAUCCGUCCGCGAUUUACGACACUGUUACCGAGCCUUACCCAUACCUCACUGGAUUCCACAACCUGAUCGCGUUUGUUCAGCGGAGAUUUUCUGCCAACAAGACUCUACGGAUUGCCAAAUCACUUGCUAGCAUCCGACCCUCAUUUAUUUCUUGUACACGGAAUCUUAAUAGACAAGAUCUCAUCUUUAUGGAAAAAUGCUUGCAACGGACGCUAUUCGAAUAUGAAGAUUUCAUGGGGCAUUGCUCAGCACCAACUAUUGUUUGCCGAAGGACAGGGGAGGUGGCGGCUGUCAACAAGGAAUUUGUUGCGCUGACCGGAUGGACCAAGAACAUUUUGCUGGGCAAAGAGCCCAACAUGAAUGCCAAUGUUGGUCGAUCGGGAUCCGAAUUAAGUAGCCUCGGCAGCACAAGUAAGCCGGAAUACGCCACCCCGCGAUUAAGAACGGUCCAGCCCGACCUAGGCAAAGCUUCAGAAGGCAAGACACAACCGGUAUUCAUUGCCGAGUUCAUGGAUGAUGACAGUGUUAUUCAAUUUUACGAGGAUUUCGCUCAGUUGGCAUUCAACGAUAGUCGCGGCCACGUGACAAGAAAAUGCCGACUGCUGAAAUAUCGAACGAAAGAAAUGAGCGAAUGCUUGAGUAGCGAUGAGUCAUCUCCCCAUAAGGAACGAAGAGCCAACAACAGUAUUCUGAGCAAUAGAGUUGCUAGGAUAGACGGAGAACAUGGCAUAUCCAAGCUGGAGAAGGAUGGCAAGAUUGACUGCACGUUCUGCUGGACCAUCAAACGUGACGUUUUUGAUAUACCAAUGUUGAUUGUUAUGAAUUUCUUACCAUGUUACUACCGUGACCAGGACCAAUUGGCUGUAUAGGGGCUAUAAGGGGUUGCCGAUAGUUGGAUGCACAACAUAGACGCAUGCAUGAUUCUGGAUUCAUUUUUUUAUUCUCUUAGUAUACAAUGAGCCUACUGUCAGCAUGGGCGGCGUUUUGGAUGGAGCUCUCAUUUUGGAGCUCCUCUCCCCUUACCGGGAGCUGGUCAUAUCAUGCAUGUAUCUCACGGGCUUAUAAGGUAGAUAGACAUGGGAUAGAUCAUGGGUCUUAAAUCUUCGGUUCUACGACCGAGUACCAUGGAUUUCGUUUAUUCUAAAAGCUGAUAACUCAACUGAAACUUGGAACGGUCUAUUAUUAUUCUAUACGGUG